CGUAUAUCAGAAUUCAGAAGCAGUCGUUUUAUCUCCAUUGAAGACAUGAUUAUCUAAUUAUAAGUAGAAGAAACACAAGUCCAUAACCACUUUUAAGUUUUAAGUUUUGACUUUCGUAUCAAGGUUUAGAGCUCCGUAGACGAUCUCCAAAACCUGCCUCUGUUCUCAACAAUGGCUUCAUCGGAAGAACCCGAUAGCACCGCCUCCAUGCCCCAACCCUACAGGCUAAAGCAAACCCUCACAGGCCACAAACGUUCCAUCUCCAGCGUCAAAUUCUCCGACGACGGCAAGCUAAUCGCCACCUCUUCCGCCGACAAGACAGCCCGCACAUGGUCCACCUCCGAUGGAUCUCCUCUCCAAGAAUUCAUCGGCCACGAACAAGGAAUCUCAGACGUCGCAUUCUCCUCCGACGCUCGGUACCUCGCCACCGCUUCCGAUGACAAGACCGUCCGCCUCUGGGAUGUAUCCACCGGCUCACUCGUCAAAACCCUAACCGGACACACAAACUACGUCUUUUGCGUAAAUUACAACCCUCAAUCGAACAUGAUUGUCUCCGGUUCCUUCGAUGAGACAGUUAGGGUUUGGGACGUGAAAUCUGGCAAAUGCUUGAAGGUGCUUCCGGCGCAUUCUGAUCCUGUAACCGCUGUGAACUUCAAUCGCGAUGGGACAUUAAUCGUGUCUAGUAGUUACGAUGGAUUGUGCAGGAUUUGGGAUGCAUCCACAGGGCAUUGUAUGAAGACUCUGAUCGAUGAUGAAAACCCCCCUGUUAGCUUUGUCAAAUUUUCCCCAAAUGGAAAAUUCAUCCUUGUAGGUACCCUGGAUAGUACACUGAGGUUAUGGAAUCUAUCAACUGGCAAGUUCUUAAAGACUUACAAUGGCCACACAAACUCAAAAUACUGCAUUUCAUCAGCAUUUUCAAUCACAAAUGGCAAAUACAUCGUGAGUGGGUCAGAGGACAAUUGUGUAUACUUAUGGGAACUUCAAACAAGAAAAAUAGUCCAGAAACUUGAAGGUCACACAGAUGCUGUGAUAACAGUUGCUUGUCACCCAACUGAGAAUAUGAUUGCUUCAGGUGCUCUUGAAAAUGAUAAAACUGUGAAGAUUUGGAUUCAGGAGGUCAACAAAAUAGAAGAUCAAACAGAUGCAAUUGAAACAAUAAAACAGGUUUCUCUUGGAAGGAAGGAAGAAGGUUGA